GGCUGUAGUAUCGCGUGAGUACAAACCAUUCACUUCCUGUAUGAGUGUGGCUAAUGUUUUCAUGCGGCUUACACAAAUGUGUGCAUCUGUCAGCCAGAGGUGAACAUGGCAGACGUCUCGGAGAGGACGCUACAAGUCGCCGUCGUGGUCUCUUUCGCCGCCGGCUUCCUGGCGGGCUGGCAGGCCAACCGAAUGAGGAGGAAGUUUCUGGACUGGAGGAAGAAGCGGCUGCAAGACAAACUGUCAGAAACACAGAAGAAGCUGGACUUGGCGUGAACGAUUUGGGGCUCUCCGAGUGGGAUGAAUGCUGGAGCUGCUUGUUCCUGGAUGUGCCACAGUCUGCCGCGGUGGAGAAGGACCCCCCCACCCCCCCCAUCAUGACCUCACGGUGUCCUGCACUACCUGCAUUUUCCUACCACACCUUUUGAAUCAAAAGUCGACUUGAUAUUUACUGUGGCUCAUGGAUGUACAACCAUUACUGACACACACACAGCGGCUUCUUGUCUGCCUUCAGACACUAAUAUAUAAGAACAUGGGAACCCCGUCUUCAGUGGUUAUCUGUCUCAGUUUGUCUUGGUCUGACUGUGUUUCAUAUCUGGUCAAAUAAAUUAUUGUGUUUUUUCAUGUUUA